CCCGCCUCCCUCCUCGCCGAGCGCAGCGCCCCGAGCAUGGAUCCUGCUUGAGCAGCUCCGAGGGCUCCGGCGGCUGCUGCGGCGGCACAACAUGGAGGCGGCGGCCCCGCCGCUCCCGCUGCUGCUGCUGCUGCGGCUCCUGGCCGCCUCGGUGCUGCGCUGCGAGCCGGGCCCGGCCGGGGCAUCUCCCCUUCUGCUUUUUGCCAACCGGCGGGACGUUCGACUUGUGGAUGCUGGAGGCACGAAGCUGGAGUCCACUGUGGUGGUCAGUGGUUUAGAGGAUGCUGCUGCAGUUGACUUCCAGUAUUCACAAGGCAUCGUUUUCUGGACAGAUGUGAGUGAAGAAGCCAUCAAGCAAACUUACAUUAACCAAACCGGGAAUGUGGUACAGAAUGUCAUCAUUUCUGGUCUGGUUUCCCCGGAUGGCCUGGCGUGUGAUUGGAUUGGGAAAAAACUUUACUGGACGGAUUCAGAAACCAAUAGGAUAGAAGUAGCUAAUCUCAAUGGAACAUCUAGAAAAGUCCUCUUCUGGCAAGACCUUGAUCAGCCCAGGGCAAUAGCUUUGGAUCCUGCUCAUGGGUACAUGUAUUGGACUGACUGGGGUGAAACACCCAGGAUAGAACGGGCAGGAAUGGACAGCAGCAUGCGAAAAAUAAUUGUUGAUUCAGAUAUUUAUUGGCCAAAUGGACUCACGAUAGAUCUUGACGAGCAGAAACUUUACUGGGCUGAUGCAAAACUGAGUUUCAUUCAUAGGGCAAAUCUGGAUGGUUCUUUUAGGCAAAAAGUUGUUGAAGGUAGUCUUACUCAUCCCUUUGCUCUGACGUUGUCUGGGGACACUUUGUAUUGGACGGACUGGCAAACGCGCUCCAUUCACGCCUGUAACAAAAGGACGGGAGAGAAAAGAAGAGAAAUAUUGUCUGCUCUGUAUUCUCCAAUGGACAUCCAGGUCCUAAGUCCAGACCGGCAGCCAUACUUUCACACUCCAUGUGAAGAAAACAACGGUGGUUGCUCCCAUCUGUGCCUGCUGUCUCCAAGAGACCCCUUCUACAGCUGUGCCUGUCCCACUGGUGUGCAGCUAGAAGACGAUGGCAGAACAUGCAAAGCAGGUGCUGAAGAAGUCUUGCUGCUCGCUAGAAGAACUGACUUGAGAAGGAUUUCCCUGGACACGCCGGAUUUCACUGACAUUAUUCUGCAGAUAGACAAUAUCAGACAUGCAAUUGCCAUAGACUAUGAUCCUGUGGAAGGCUACAUCUACUGGACUGAUGAUGAUGUCCGGGCAAUUCGUCGGGCCUACCUUGAUGGGGCUGGAGCACAAACUCUGGUAACCACAGAAAUCAACCAUCCAGAUGGUAUUGCUGUGGAUUGGGUGGCGAGGAACCUGUACUGGACUGAUACUGGAACAGACCGCAUUGAAGUGACCCGGCUGAAUGGGACAUCAAGAAAGAUACUUAUCUCAGAAAACCUGGAUGAACCUCGGGCCAUAGUGCUCAAUCCUGUCAUGGGCUACAUGUAUUGGACAGACUGGGGUGAAAGUCCAAAGAUAGAGUGUGCUUAUUUGGAUGGCUCAGAAAGGCGAGUUCUGGUGAAUACGUCCCUUGGUUGGCCCAAUGGCUUGGCACUGGAUCUUGAAAAAAACAAGCUUUACUGGGGAGAUGCAAAAACAGAUAAAAUUGAGGUCAUAAAUGUUGAUGGAACAAUGAGGAAAACCCUUCUAGAAGAUAAGCUUCCGCAUAUAUUUGGGUUCACACUGCUGGGAGAUUACAUCUACUGGACUGACUGGCAGAGACGAAGCAUUGAAAGAGUUCACAAGAUAAAGGCCAGCAGAGAUAUCAUUAUUGAUCAGCUGCCAGAUUUAAUGGGCCUUAAAGCAACAAGUGUUACCAAAGUGUUUGGAACUAAUUCAUGUGCAGAGAACAAUGGAGGCUGCAGCCAUUUGUGUUUCUUUACACCCCAGGAGACCAGGUGUGCCUGUCCCAUUGGCCUUGAGCUGUUGAGUGACAUGAAGACUUGCAUCAUUCCUGAAGCCUUCUUAGUUUUCACAAGCAGAGCAGCAAUUCAUAGGAUUUCCCUUGAAACCAAUAAUAAUGAUGUUGCUAUUCCUCUUACUGGAGUCAAGGAAGCAUCUGCUCUGGAUUUUGAUGUCUCUGAUAACAGAAUCUAUUGGACUGAUGUUAGUUUGAAGACCAUAAGCCGAGCCUUCAUGAAUGGGAGCUCUGUUGAACAUGUGAUUGAGUUUGGGCUAGAUUAUCCUGAGGGAAUGGCUGUAGACUGGAUGGGGAAGAACCUCUACUGGGCAGAUACUGGGACCAAUCGCAUUGAAGUAGCCCGCCUGGAUGGACAGUACAGGCAGGUCCUUGUGUGGAAGGACUUGGACAACCCGAGGUCUCUGGCUCUUGAUCCUACUAAAGGAUACAUGUACUGGACUGAGUGGGGAGGAAAACCAAGGAUUGUUCGAGCAUUUAUGGAUGGAACAAACAGCAUCACUUUGGUGGACAAAGUGGGUCGUGCCAAUGACCUCACUAUUGAUUAUGUGGACCAAAGGCUCUAUUGGACUGACUUGGACACAAGCAUGAUUGAGUCAUCAAAUAUGCUUGGACAAGAACGAGAAAUCAUAGCAGAUGAUCUACCUCAUCCAUUUGGAUUGACCCAAUACAGUGACUACAUCUACUGGACAGACUGGAACCUUCACAGCAUAGAAAGAGCAGACAAGACCAGUGGGAAGAACAGGACACUUAUUCAGGGCCAUCUGGAUUUUGUGAUGGAUAUAUUGGUCUUCCAUUCUUCACGUCAGGAUGGCUUGAAUGAUUGUGUGCAAAAUAAUGGCCACUGUGGUCAUUUGUGCCUUGCCAUACCAAAUGGAUUUAGGUGUGGCUGUGCUGCUCAUUAUACCUUGGAUCCCAACAGCAGGAACUGUAGUUCCCCUGCCAGUUUCCUGUUAUUUAGCCAGAAAUCUGCCAUCAGCCGGAUGAUACCAGAUGAUCAGCAAAGUCCAGAUAUCAUCCUACCUAUGCAUGGUCUGAGGAACGUCAAGGCUAUUGAUUAUGAUCCUUUAGAUAAAUUGAUCUAUUGGGUGGAUGGACGUCAGAAUAUUAUAAAAAGAGCCAAAGAUGAUGGCACUCAGCCUUUCACUGUGAUGAGUACUCCAAACCAAAGUCAGAACCCGGAGAAGCAGCCACAUGACCUCAGCAUCGAUAUAUACAGUCAUACCUUGUACUGGACUUGUGAGGCCACAAAUUCAGUCAAUGUCCACAGGCUGAACGGCGAGUCAAUCGGGAUGGUGCUGCGAGGGGACCACGACAGGCCCAGAGCCAUUGUAGUGAAUGCAGAGCGAGGGUACAUGUACUUCACCAACAUGCAGGAGCGAGCCCCCAAGAUUGAGCGUGCAGCCCUUGAUGGCACAGAGAGAGAAGUGCUUUUUACAACUGGGUUGAUCCGACCAGUAGCGCUGGUGGUUGACAACAAACUUGGAAAGCUUUUCUGGGUGGAUGCAGAUCUGAAGCGCAUUGAAAGCUGUGACCUGUCAGGUGCUAACCGUGUGACCCUAGAGGACUCCAACAUCCUUCAGCCCAUGGGACUCACUGUGCUGGGGAAUCACUUGUAUUGGAUUGAUCGUCAGCAACAAAUGAUUGAGAGAGUGGAGAAAGUGAAUGGGUACAAAAGGACUAGAAUUCAAGGCCGGAUUGCUCACCUAACAGGCAUUCAUGCUGUGGAAGAGCUUGAUAUGGAAGAAUUCUCUGUGCAUCCAUGCUCCCGUGACAAUGGUGGAUGUUCACACAUCUGCAUUGCCAAAGGAGAUGGAACUCCAAGAUGUUCAUGCCCCGAGCACCUUGUGCUUCUACAGAAUCUCUUAACAUGUGGAGAACCUCCAACUUGCUCCCCAGACCAGUUUACCUGUGCAACUGGAGAGAUUGACUGUAUCCCAAUGGCAUGGCGGUGUGAUGGAUUUCCUGAGUGUGAUGACCAGAGUGAUGAAGACAGUUGCCCCAUAUGCUCUGCAUCCCAGUUCCAGUGUGAGAAGGGACAGUGUAUUGAUGCACACUUGCGAUGUAAUGGAGAAAUUGACUGUCAAGAUAAAUCUGAUGAAGCAGAUUGUGAUACAAUUUGUCUACCCAGUCAGUUCCGAUGUGCAAGUGGCCAGUGCAUCCUCCUGAAGCAACAGUGUGACUCCUUUCCAGAUUGUAUUGAUGGUUCUGAUGAGCUUAUGUGUGAAAAAUCAAAGCCAGCCUCAGAUGAGUCACAGCCACACAGUAGUGCCAUCGGUCCUGUCAUUGGUAUAAUACUGUCACUUUUUGUCAUGGGAGGAAUGUACUUUGUUUGCCAGCGAGUGGUGUGUCAGCGCUAUGCUGGGCCCAACAGUCCUUUUCCACAUGAGUAUGUCAGUGGCACCCCUCAUGUCCCUCUUAAUUUUAUUGCUCCAGGAAGUUCUCAGCACGGCACUUUUACUGGCAUCUCUUGUGGAAAGUCCAUGAUUAGCUCCAUGAGUCUCAUGGGAGGAAGCAGUGGUGCCCCACUGUAUGACAGAAACCAUGUUACUGGAGCCUCUUCAAGUAGCUCAUCCAGCACUAAAGCCACUUUCUACCCACAGAUCUUGAACCCACCUCCUUCCCCAGCUACUGAUCGCUCCCUGUAUAAUGCAGAGAUGUUUUAUUCCUCAAACAUUCCUUCAAACACAAGAUCAUACAGGCCGUACCUUAUACGAGGGAUAGCUCCACCCACAACCCCAUGCAGCACAGAUGUUUGUGACAGUGACUAUACUACCAGUCGAUGGAAGGCCAACAAAUACUAUAUAGAUUUAAAUUCAGACUCAGAUCCUUACCCCCCUCCUCCCACACCUCGCAGUCAGUACAUGUCGGCAGAAGAAAGUUGCCCUCCGUCUCCUGCCACGGAACGAAGCUAUUUUCACCUCUAUCCCCCUCCACCCUCUCCUUGUACAGACUCUUCAUGACCUCAACAGAAGGAACUUUUCCUGUAAAUAUUUUAAAAUAUGAACAGAUUUAAAAUAUAUAUUUUAUGAUUUAAAAAUAAAUCUGGGUGGGAAUUAAACAAAACUAAAUGUGAAUAAAAAUGGGUGGGAGGGAUGGGGCUGUGAAAAAUUGUACAGAGGAAGAAUAUUUAUAAAAUUGAUUUUUUUAACUUAAUUUCCAUUCUUUUGUGCCAUAUUUGCCUUUUUGAAGUCAUGUAACUGACUCGGUCUCCAAAGGAUUUGGGGAGGGAAUGUUGAGACUUUCUGCAUUUUUAAGUCACCUUUUUACAUGCAAAGUUUAUGUAGUCCUUUUUAUUAAUGUGAAACAAAAAAACGAAGUGGCUUGUGAGAGGAGGAGGUGUCUAAAGAAAGAUGCAGGUUUAUCUGUAGAGAAGUAAUACACAUUUAAGUACAAUUAAUGUCAGUAUCAUCCCUUCACCGCCACUGGGAGAAAACAUGCAUGAUCACAACCCUUAGAUGCUCCUGUUUGCGAGUGAGCUGAAUGCUUGCCAGCAGAACUUGUGUGCCAAGACCUGAAUUUUAAACCUCCUUCUGCAUUUGCUUAAGCAUUGAACUGAAAGAACUCUUCUUUUGGCCAAGCCUUCCAGCUUAACUGAACCCACAGGCAUCAUGUCCUACCUCAUGUCAGUACCACUCUGCACAUGACCAAUUCUGUAACUGAUUCAAGUUAAAUAAGAUAACCAGUCCUAAAAACCUUUGUUUAGUUCUGAUCAGUUCUCCACUUGUCUGGGUGAAUGGUAGCAGAAGCAGUUGUAUUGAUCUGUGGGUGAGAGCAAAGGUCAAGUUUAAGGUGGUAUUUAAGGGAAGAGAAACGCCCAAUAAACUGCAGAUUUGGUCAGACUCACCAUUUUAAAUGUAAUCAAACCAAGCUCCUUCAUCCUUCCUUGUGAAGCUCUGAUGACUGUCUGGGAAGAGGCUGAAAUAGUCAGCUGGUUCUCAAAAGACAGUGCUAGUUCUCUUUUUCCCAGAAGUCCAGUAAUCACUGUGCCAGGUCUCUGAGAUAUUCACCGGUGUUGAUUUGAUCAGAGAAUUGCUUCAUCUCUUAAUGUCCAUUUUCCAAGUGGAAUUGUCACUUGUAUUCACAUGAGGAAAGUUGUUUGAGUUUUAAUCAGUGUUUGUAGAAAAUGGUAUCUGCAUAGCUCAAAUUAAAAAUGCAUUCAAACAGUUUAGUCAUAUUCCACAGAAAUUUGCCACGUAAUUCAGAUUUAGAAAUAGACAGAAAAAAAAA